UUCUCAUUGACGCUUACCUUGCAUCACCUGUUUACAGUGUACAGUUGCAUCAGUGAGAUGAAUAUUUCGCUGCAGUUUUACUGUAGGUAAAUUACCCAUAGGAACAGACCUUAUACACCCUAUGAGUCAUAAAUGAAAAAUAUGAACGCACAAACCUAGAGAGGCAGUUUGGUGCAACUAAAAGACCAAUGUCUUUAUAAUAAUGUAACAGCAACAACACAACUUACAUAUGUCAUGUUCACAGUACAAAAUAAGGUUCAACAACUACAGACCCCUGAUGGCGUCUAGCCUGUAAAUCAUUUAUUUUUACCUCUGAAGCCCAUAUAAGUACUUUUUAACGGACACAAUAACAUUUCAAUCUAGCUCAGCCAAAACAGGCUGUAUGUACGCUACAUAUCUGAGUUAUCCAAUCGCUGAAGCUGUCCAAUCACUGGCCAAUCACAGCUUGGACAAGCCAUGAUUUUCAAAAGACAUAGUAUAUGUCAUCCAGAUUGGCCCACAUCUACUAUGUGACAUUAGUCCUUGUGGAGCAUGUUUAUAAGUGUUCUGUUGGUAAUUAGGGGAACAUCCUGCAGUGAGAGGCGAAGACUAGGACCACAAGACAAAUCAAAGCCUUUUAAGCUCCUUAGUUCUGCAAUGUCCAACAACACUCUGAACACUGCCUUCAAUCAUUCUGCAAACUCUACCAACCCCAGUGCGGUCUACGUUCGUCCGCUAUGGUACGAGUUCCCAAUAUGCGCCGUGGCCCCUUAUGGCUACAUUUUCUACUAUGGAGUCAAAGUGUUCAACCUGGCAGUAGGGACUCCGUGUAACAUCUUGGUCAUCUGGCAGAUCAUUACCAAGAAAAGUGAGGCUUUCACAUCUGACACCUUUAUCCUCAACCUGGCCAUACUGGACGCCUACUUCUGCCUCAUGACGCCCGUCGUCCUUGUUAACGGCUUCUUGCUGAAUGACAACGGCAUCUGGUACUUUAAGAGAUUGGCAUAUGGAAUCAAAGACCUAGCGCCACUCUUUCUGGUGUGUAUUUGUCUGGACCGCUACAUGGCUGUGGUCCACCCCGUGCUUUUCGCUGGCAUCCGUAACAACAAAAUCCGCAUCGGGAUUUCUGUGGUGGUCUGGGGCCUCAUAUUGGCUUACGCCCUGGUGAAGUGCAUCCUGGGAGGCAUGCCUGUCAAUGGCGUCUUCAGUGGCAUCAUCCUUUUUGCGUUUGCAUUGAUGAUCUUUUGUAACAUCUCCAUCAUCUGGGCCCUUCGGCACUCUGUGACGGGAAAAGAGGUGAUGCACCCGGUGAAGAAGAGGGCCUUCAAGAUGGUGCUGAUUAACCUGGCCAUCAUUGUGGUCAACUACCUGCCGCCAGUGGCGCUCAUGCCCUUUGCAUCAUACUACACAGCUGUGGCGUUUCAAUGUCAGAUCCGCAUCAGUGUGUACUCCAUCAUGGAUCUGAGCUGCAGCAUUGAGCCACUGCUCUACAUCACAAAGAUGGAGCGUGUGGAAGGCACAUGCUGUGGAAAGAGUGUCUGUGAGAAGCCGCUUGAUGUCACCACAUAACUGAACCUCUAGUCAUAAAUCCAUCACAAAAGUUUUUCAGAGAAGACCGUGCAUGUACUGUCAUAUUUUAAUUUGAAGAAUUGUGUUCUGUGCUAUCCGGAGAACCGGUAAGAGAACAAUAUCAAAGCUUGAGCUGGUGGAUAAACCUAGCUUUAUCAUCACUUAGAUUAGGCUUUGCCUCUAAUGGAACUGAUGACAUUUUAGUUUUAUGUAGUUAAGCUGUCUUUGUGUCAGGAAUUUAAAUUUAGUAAAUUGUAAAUUCAGACCUAAAAGUCUUUAGGUGAUCCAGAAUUCUGGAUCAACAGGGACUAGAAGAGAGAGCAUAUUCCCAUACUGACAUGUCUUCAUUGGUUGCCUGUUAAAACCAGACUUUAAUUUUAAAUCCUGCUCCUCACAUACAAGGACUUGAAUCAUCAGGCCCCAUGUACGUCAUAGUACCAUAUCCCCCCAAUAGAGCACUUCGCUCUCAGACUUCGUUCCAAAGGUGAUAGUUUUCAUCUAGUAGGCAUCUCUGCAGUGGAACCAACUCCUAGCCUGGAUUCAGCAGACACAGCGUCUCUAGAUUUAAGAUCAGACUUUAAAACAUAUAGUUAGGGCUGUCUUGUCUCCAUCUGCUCUCUUCCCUUUCUUAUGGCUGCCCCUCCCUGAACCUGGUUCUGCUGGAGGUGGCUUUUCUGAUAAAAAGGAGUUUUUUCUUCCUACUGUUGCCAGGUGCUUGCUCAUAGGUAGUAGUCUGAUUGUUGGGGUUUCCUUUCUAAUACUUAAACAUCGCCACAUUAAAAUAUAAAAUGACUUGAGGUGAUUGUUAUUGUGAACUGGCACUGUGUAAAUAAAAUAGAAUUAAAUUCAUGUCUAAUAUUAAUUUCAAUGGGCAUAAUAAACAAACAGAGACAAAACAGUGAAAUCUAUGACCUUAUGAUCUGGAAAUAGAUAUUUAAAAAGAUUUAAAAAGUAGAUUUUUUUUUCCUUUACGUGCCCCUGCAAUGAGGAUGAACAAAAAACAGGCACUGAAGCAAACAGAAGCGAUCAUUAAAGAAUUAAAAGAAGCUGUUGGCUAGUGAGCACACCAGACGAGUAAAUAAAUUAAUUUGAACCAUGGAGAUUACUCCUUGAAGACUUUAGCUAGCUCUCUGCUUUUUCCCAUUGCAACCAGCAGCAGAAACCCUCCUCAUUAACUCAUGAACAUCUUUUGGACCAUUAUAAUGACAGCCAGUGGCACUGCCUGUAUUACAGAGCACCGAUUAAGCACUUUAUUAAUUAAGUUAUUAAUUAAGUCUUACAACAGAAUCACACAGAGGGACCAAUUAGUAGAUGUGUAAUGAGCGGGCACACAGAUUAUGCAAGCAAACGAACUAAACACAUAACAAUCUAAUUAAUACAGGAACAUAAAUAGCACAGUGUAAUGAUGCUAUGACAUAACUGAGCUUUUUGUUCUGUAUUUCUGAGGUAAACUGUACAUGUUUACGGGUUUUUGGCAGAGUACAAGUGUGCAACGACACUGAUGUUUUAAUCUUAACAUUGUUGGAUUUUAAACAACUUAUUUAAUAUGUGAUCAUUUUUGGCUUCUAAAUAAAUCUAUAAACAAGUAAUUUAGAGUAAUUUGUAAACUUUAAUCAGAUAUUUGAUGUCUGAAUCAAAUGUUUGUCUUGCAAAAAAUGAACAGAGUCACUUAGAAGUACUUAGAUAACCAGCUCGGAUGUAAUCGUUCAGUCAUGAUUGUAUAAAGAGAAUGGUGAUUAUUUGGUAAAAACAGUAUCAGAGUCAGAAUCAAACAGCAUUACAUUUGAGUGAUUUUAGUGUGCAUUAUCUUCAGACUCUCUAAGCUGGCUUCAGGCCCAUCUUCUGAUGUCACAUAUCCCGGGUAAGUGGGGUAAAA